AUGGCGUGCGCGACGAGUUCUGAGCUGCGGCGGCUGCUGGCCAUCUACACAGGCGGCACCAUCGGCAUGCGGAGCGACAGCAAUGGGCUGGUACCCGGGCAGGGCAUGGCCGCUGUGCUGAGGAAACUCGCCAUGUUCCAUGAUGAGGACGGUGCCCGAUCCUUGAACCUCCCAGAGGACACCCUGAUGCUGCCCCCCAGCCGCGGCCCAAGGGUCAGCUACACGGUGUUGGAAUGGCAACAGCUCUUUGACUCCAGUGACAUGACCAUCUCCCAGUGGUUUCAGAUUGCGGAAACCAUCAAGAAACACUAUGAUCAGUAUGAUGGCUUUGUGGUCCUCCACGGCACCGACACCAUGGCCUAUGGCGCCUCCAUGCUGUCCUUCAUGCUGGAGAACCUGAAGAAGCCUGUCAUCAUCACCGGGGCCCAGGUGCCCAUCCACGCCCUCUGGAACGAUAGCCGGGAGAACCUGCUGGGGGCGCUGCUCAUAGCUGGCCAGUACCUGAUCCCUGAGGUCUGUCUCUUCUUCCAGAACCAGUUGUUCCGGGGUAACAGGACCACCAAAGUGGACUCUCGGAGGUUUUCGGCAUUCAGGUCCCCUAACCUGCCUCCUCUGGCUACCUUGGGUGCUGACACCACAAUUAACUGGCAUCUGGUGCGGAAGGUCCCUGAGCAGGGCCAGCUGCUAGUGCAUUGUUUGGAGGACAACGUGGGUGUGCUGCGUCUGUAUCCCGGGAUCCCUGCCUACCUGGUCCGAGCCUUCCUGCAGCCCCCAAUUAAGGGCGUGGUCCUGCAGACCUUUGGCGCGGGCAACGGGCCCACAAAGCCUGAGUUUCUUCAGGAACUGCGGGCUGCCACCAGCCGCGGCAUACUCAUCCUUAACUGCACCCAAUGUCUCCACGGCUCGGUGAACUGUGACUACGCUUCCGGCACGGCCUUGAUGGACACCGGCCUGAUCUUGGGCUACGACAUGACCUCGGAGGCGGCGUUGGCCAAGCUGGCCUUUGUGCUGGGUCAGCCGGGGCUGAGUCUGGAUGCUCGGAAGAAGCUGCUGGUCCAGAACCUUCGGGGUGAGAUGACGCUGCCGUCGGAUGAACACUAUGUGGGUCAGUCUCUGCUCGGACCCCGGCUGUUGCUGCUCCUGGGGACCCAGGAGCUGGACUUUGUGUUGGACAUUCUGCUGCCCAGCCUAGUCUGUGCUGCAGCCCACACUGGUGCCCUGGAGACACUGCAAAUACUGCUGGCAAAGUUGGGCAAUGACCUGGUCAUGGAGGGAUUUAAUGGUCAGGCCCCACUGCACGCGGCCGCCCUGAUGGGCCACACUGAAGUCGUUUGAUUGUUGCUUCAAGGAGGUGGCAGUGUGAAUUCCCGAGAUGGGGAUGGCCUCAGCCCGCUGUUGCUGGCCGUGAGGGGCAGGCAUUGGGGUGUGAUCAAGCUGCUGUGGGCAUCUAGGACCUACCUGUCUUCUCAGGAGUUGAAGGACGUGGGGAUGGAGCUGCGCAGGCUGACUUCCCUGGCAGAGGCAGAAGGUCUGUAAAUGUGGUGGCUUGCGGGGGCAGACCUGGGGCAGCCAGGCUAUGAUGGACGAUGUCCCUUGCAGGUUGCGGAAUCUGCCAGAAACCUGGAAUUGGUAACCUUCUUGAAGGACCACAUGUGA